GGUAAAAUAAGCCGGCAAAAGGACACAUGUUAACAGAGGAUUUAACCCUUAAAAACGAUAGCCUGUUAUAUAUUCAUACGUCGCAUACAUUAUGCAUAAAUUCCAUUUAAACACAGGAUUCUGUCUGGUCAGUGUCAACUUCUUCCUCUGAAUCCUAACGGUGCCUUCAUGGCAGGAAGAAAUUAGUUUCUCCUGAUAAGUGAGCAAUAAAUUCUCUUUCUCUGAAAGAUUUAGGCGUCUUGUGGUUGCUAUCUCAGUGCGAGUCCUUUAUUUUUUAAAAAAAGUAUCUUACAUAGCAUAGUUUCUAUUUUAACAUUAUGUAAUAACCUAAAACUAUAUUUAACACACUACUUAAGAAAAUUAAUACAGCAUAACUUUCUAACUUAACACAUAUAAUAUUCAUUUUAAUAUUUGCAAAAAGCCAAUAAUAAAAUAUACAUUUUCCACAGAUUAUUUUAUACUUUCUCGCUGCAACGUGCAGCCACAACAGGACGCGUUACUUUUCAGCUGCACCCGAGACAUUUUAUUUUCUCUUUCUAAUUUGAUUCGAGGAUUUUCAAACAGAUAAAAUUUACUGCUUUUCAUGGAAAUCUUCAGGAAAACAAAUUAUAAUCGCUGUAAAGUCCGGAGGAGCGGCCAGGCCCGGGGCUGUGACAAUGCCCUCGCGGUGUCGGGAGCAGACACGGCGGAGCGCUGUGAGGGAGGGGGCUCUAGGUGCGCGAUUUGUUCCCUCAUUGCUCCCCACAGGCGGCUCGCUGCACCCCGCGCGCCACCUGCGUCCGUUUUAAGGUAGAAAACUGCAGAUAGCCAAAUGGCGUGGGGGUGACGUUCUCCGCUGUCAUGUUUCGUUCCAGGAGUGAUGGCCAGCUGUUAUUUCCUAGAGUUCUGGGCUAAGCGGUUGCGUUCCAACCGCGCUAGCGCGCCCCAGCCGGGGUAGAGAACGCGCAAUGUAUUUUGUCCCCUCCGGUUGCCCGUACCCGCCCGCCGAGCCACGGCGGGACGGCGGGCGCCGCUUCCCACGGGUCAAGAAACACCGAGAAGAACUAUCGUUCCCAGCAUGCUCCUUGCCAGCGCGCAUGCGUAGUGCUCAUUCGAGCGGCCAUCUUGGCACGCGUUUCCUCCAGCUCCUUACGGCAGAGGGGCGGCAGAGACUACAAUUCCUAGCGUACCUCGCUGCGUCCGCGCUUGCGCAGUGCCCUCGUCCGCCAUCUUGGCCCGAGUAAACGCCGUCGCCGCCGCCGCCACUAAACAAACCCGAGCCCGGCACUGGCGAACGGUGGGGGGAGGGGUGCGGCUGCCGCGGAGCCUUCGAUGUACUGGGCACGGCCGGGCAGCGAGGCUGAGCUCUGUGGGAGCACAGACACAAGGGAAGGAUGCCUGUGGUGUGGCCUACUCUUCUGGACCUCAGUAGGGAUGAGUGCAAGAGGAUCCUUCGCAAACUGGAACUGGAGGCCUAUGCAGGUGUCAUCAGUGCCUUACGUGCACAGGGAGACCUUACAAAAGAGAAGAAGGAUCUUCUUGGAGAACUCUCUAAAGUGCUUAGUAUUUCAACAGAGCGACAUCGUGCUGAAGUUCGGAGAGCAGUAAAUGAUGAACGACUAACAACAAUUGCACACAAUAUGUCUGGACCAAACAGCUCUUCUGAGUGGUCCAUAGAAGGUCGUCGACUGGUGCCGCUGAUGCCACGGCUGGUUCCACAAACAGCUUUUACUGUUACUGCCAACGCUGUUGCCAACGCAGCCAUUCAGCACAAUGCAUCUCUUCCAGUUCCUGCAGAAACUGGAAACAAAGAAGUGGUGGUUUGCUAUUCCUACACAAGUACCACUUCAACCCCAACAUCUACCCCUGUUCCAAGUGGCAGUGUAGCAACAGUGAAGUCCCCCAGACCUGCCAGUCCAGCCUCCAAUGUAGUCGUCUUGCCAAGUGGAAGUACUGUUUACGUCAAAAGUGUCAGCUGCUCAGACGACGAUGAAAAGCCCCGCAAAAGACGGCGAACAAAUUCUUCUAGUUCUUCCCCUGUUCUCCUGAAAGAAGUCCCGAAGGCAGUGACCCCUGUCACUAAAACUAUCACAGUGCCUGUAAGUGGGAGCCCCAAAAUGAGUAAUAUAAUGCAGAGCAUUGCCAACUCCUUACCACCGCACAUGUCGCCUGUGAAAAUAACCUUCACUAAGCCCUCAACACAGACAACAAACACCACAACACAGAAGAACAGGUACAGCACAGGCAGCGGGAGUGCAAGCUUCCCCCAGACUGCCCCACCAAUGUGCCUCAACCCUGACCUGAAGGGACCACUUCUAGGGAUGAGAGGGGAUUCAGUCUCCAUGCUCAUUCAAUUCUUGGCCUCUCUGGUCAUAAUAGUAACCACCUCUCCAAGCUCCACUUUUGUACCCAACAUCCUUUCCAAGUCCCACAACUAUGCAGCAGUUACAAAACUUGUCCCAACAUCAGUCAUUGCCUCAACUACUCAAAAGCAGCCCGUGGUUAUCACUGCUUCCCAGUCCUCUGUGGGCAGCAGCAGCAGCUGCUCCACUCCCUCCUGCACUGCAAAUACUAUUGCUGUGACUGCUGUAGUGUCAUCCACACCGUCAGUGGUUAUGUCAACAGUAGCACAAGGUGUAUCUACAUCAGCAGUUAAAGUUGCCUCUACCAGACUACCUUCCCCAAAAGGUUUGGUUGGGAAUCCAACUCAGAUCUUAGCACAGUUUCCCAAACAGCAUCAGCAGUCUCCCAAACAGCAGCUGCACCAAGUCCAACAGGCCCAACAGCAGCAGCAACCGCAGCAGCAGCAGCUGGUGCCGUGUUCUGUAGCCCAGCAGCAGCCACAGCAAUCUCAGCUGCCAGCUGGCAUCAAGCCCACCAUUCAGAUCAAACAGGAAUCAGGUGUUAAAAUAAUCACUCAACAGGUGCAGCCCAGUAAAAUCCUUCCCAAACCAGUUACAGCGACCUUGCCCAGCAGUAGCAAUUCACCCAUUAUGGUGGUUAGCAGUAAUGGGACUAUCAUGACAACUAAACUGGUCACUACUCCCACUGGAACUCAAGCAACAUAUACACGGCCAACGGUGAGCCCCUCUCUGGGAGCUCGGAUGGCUGGAACUCCAGGGGCUGCUACUUAUGUGAAAACUACAAGUGGUAGCAUCAUUACCGUAGUACCAAAAUCACUGGCUACUCUAGGAGGAAAGAUCAUCAGCAGUAAUAUUGUUUCUGGUAGGCAUAUCAGUACUGUUGUUACUGGAACUACGACCAAAAUCACUACAAUUCCAAUGACAUCAAAACCCAAUGUGAUUGUUGUGCAAAAAACUACUGGAAAAGGAACGACAAUUCAAGGGCUUCCUGGCAAAAAUGUUGUCACAACACUGUUGAAUGCUGGGGGGGAGAAAACUAUUCAGGCAGUGCCAGCAGGAGCAAAACCUGCUAUCAUAACUGCCACAAGACCCAUCACAAAAAUGAUUGUUACACAGCCAAAAGGAAUAGGGUCCACGGUCCAGCCAGCCACCAAAAUCAUCCCAACUAAAAUUGUUUAUGGUCAACAAGGGAAAACACAGGUCCUCAUAAAACCAAAGCCAGUGGCAUUUCAAGCAACAGUUGUGAGUGAACAAACCAGACAGCUGGUGACUGAAACGUUACAGCAGGCUUCAAGGGUAGCAGAGACAGGAAACUCAUCUCUCCCAGAAGUGAAAGAAGAACCACAAACCUACACUGACAGUAGUUCUUCUUCUACAGAGUCUUCCCAGAGCUCUCAAGAUUCUCAGCCUGUAGUCCAUGUGAUUGCUUCAAGAAGUCAAGAUUGGUCAGAACAUGAAAUUCCUGUGGACACAAACCCUACAAUAAUUUACCAGGACGUAUCCAGCGAAUCUCAGUCAGCUACUUCCACAAUAAAAGCUUUGCUGGAACUUCAGCAGACAACAGUAGUGAAGGAAAAGUUGGAAUCAAAGCCAAGGCAGCCUACCAUUGACUUGAGCCAAAUGGCUGUUCCAAUCCAGAUGACUCAAGAAAAGAGGCAUUCUCCAGAAAGUCCUUCAAUUGCUGUUGUAGAGUCAGAACUAGUGGCUGAAUAUAUCACAACUGACUCAGGAAGACAGCACUGUAUUGGGUCACAUUCGGAAGAAUAUCUACACAACCAUAUAGUCAGUCAUCGGUCCCAGCCCCACCAGUCAUCUCAGCCCCAGAGGACUCUGGUGCAGCACGUGGCUCAGUCACAGACAGCAACGCAGACUUCUGUUGUGGUGAAAUCUAUUCCUGCAUCCUCCACUGGCGCCAUUACCCAUAUCAUGCAGCAGGCCUUAAGCAGUCACACUGCGUUUACCAAACACAGUGAACAACUUGGAACUGAGGAGGGAGAAGUGGAAGAGAUGGACACCUUAGAUCCUCAGACUGGCCUGUUUUACAGAUCUGCCCUGACGCAAUCGCAGGCACAAAAGCAGCAGAAACUGAGUCAGCCGCAGCUGGAACAGACUCAACUGCAAGUGAAAACUCUGCAGUGUUUCCAGACUAAGCAGAAGCAGACAAUCCACCUGCAGGCUGAUCAAAUCCAGCACAAACUCCCACAAAUGCCCCAACUUUCCAUAAGGCAUCAAAAGCUAACCCCCCUGCAGCAAGAGCAAGCACAGACCAAACCAGAUGCACAGCACCCCCCACAUCAUAUGAUGGCCAAAGAAAGGCAACUCCCUACCUUAGUGGCACAGCCACAGCAAACUGUAGUACAGGUGCUUGCAGUAAAAACCACGCAGCAGCUGCCCAAACUGCAACAGGCACCAACGACACAAAAAAUCUACGUGCAACCCCAGCCCCCCCAGAGUCAAAUGCAGCUACCUGCCUCUUCAGAGAAACAGCCAGCAAGCCAGGCACCCACGGAGACAUCAGUAGCAGAUAUAUUGAGAGUGUCUAUGGUGGAAGCUCAGAUUGAUGCAAACAUAGAGCACACGAUAGUGGAUCCCCCAAACAAGGCCACGUCCACUAGUAAAGCUGCUAGUGAAGCAGAGUCGUCACCUUGUACCCAGGGCCCGAGGGUGGCUGCAGUAGGGAUGACGGCACCUUCCAUCCCCCAGCAACAGACACACACAGAAUCCAGCUCAAGUCCUCCUGCUGUUGGUCCUACUUUAACAGAGAGGAAACUCGAUGCACAAGGAAUACCUACAACAAACCAGUUUAUACACAUUCAGAAUAUAUCACAAAAGAAAGCUGAAGAGAGCUCAUCAGAAAUUGUUGUCCAGACUAUCCCUCACUAUCCCAUCCCUUGUCACUCCAGCUCCAAUGUGGUGGUGGAACCCAGCGGACUCCUGGAGCUCAACAACUUCACCAGUCAGCGCCUCGAUGAUGAGGAGACAGCAAUGGAGCAAGAUGUGGACAGUAGCACUGAGGAUGGCACUGAGCCCAGCCCCUCUCAAAGUUCUGUUGAACAAUCCUAAGGAAUAGAGACACUGGAGUGUACUUUAAAAUACCUUGGGAUUUUGAGCAUCCAAGAUGCCCUUCUAUUGUGAUGUCUUAGAGCACUUUGCCUAUUAGAAUUGUUCAUUGGACUCUUGAAGCCUCAGUAGGUUUUAACAAGACAGUAUUGCAAAAGCUGAAUCUUAAAAAUUGUUUUGGAAAAAAAGAAGAUGUAGGUACCAAGAUUUAGUAAACCUGUGACAGUGGAAUGUACUCCAGUUCAAAAACAAAUCUGUAAUGAAUUCUAGAGCUUGUGCUAUUGGAGCCCUUGCCCAGAUACUGAAACAUCUUUAAGUGAAAAGGGAUCAUUAUUUUGCUGUGUCUUUUUAGCUGUUGAGCAAAACACCAUUAAAAAAGAAAACAUAUAAUAAAUAUUUUUCUUUUCAAAUAGCAUGUGAGAGAAAAAAUGUGUCUGACAGUGCUGGAAAAGCCCCAGGAAUAUUGGAAUUGGUUGGCUUUCUUGCACACCUGCUCACUUAAAAAUUUUUUUUCAGAAGCUUAAAAUACUUUUUUUAAAAUUCUUAUUGGUGAAUGUUUGGAAAUAAGCAAAACUGCUAACUGGUAGCAAAGUGGAUUUGCUAGUGGAGUUUUGUUUUCAUGCUUUGCAAGAAGUAGGGUCAUAGUAGAUGAGGCAUUUCUUUCUGCCAUAAGCAUACAAAAUGCUCAUCUACUCUAGUUAACCUCUGAUUAUUUAUUUAAAUACGAAAUUUAAAGUGAGACAAGUUGUUGGAAAAAGUUCCUGUGAAACAGGCAGUUGUAUUAAUUCUAGUACAAACCAGGGAGAAGGAAGUACAUUUUGCUACUAAUCAGUUUUUCAAAACUGGGGAUAAAUAGUUCAACAUCUUUCCAAGUUGAACUUGAGAAUUUAGAAGGGAGCUAAGACUUCUAAAAAUCUAUAUUUUACUCUUACAUGCUGUUUUUAAAAUUGACCAUUUGGGGAGUUUAAAAGCUUAAAUGGGUAUACAAUGGUGGGUUUCCAAAUAUAGCCUUAUGCCUUGGCUUGUUGAAGCAAUACAUUGGGGUUUUGUGGUAGUUACAUGUCACAGAGGGCGGUUUGGGUUCAGAUGGGACAAGAGAACCAGUUUUAAUACAUUCUGGUAAUUGAGACAAUACUUUUUUUUUUCCAAAAUGUAUAUAAAACCAUGUUUUUAACUGUUUUGUAUAGAUUUCAUUAUAAAUAACUAAGCAUUUUAUGACUUUGACAUCAUUUAAUUGUAUAUAAAUGUAUAAGCCUAACUGCCCACGUUUUGGUGCUGAAGUACUGUAAGUAGGUUUCAUCCAAAGUCUAAUACAGUUUUUUGAGUCAGUCUUUUCUUUUUAAACUGUCACUUUACUGUUGAUAUUGUAGUUAAGGUUAAAUUUCAAUUGGAGUAACUCAAACUGAAAAAUACAAACCCUAAAAACCAUUAACUAUAACCUGUUCUGAAUCCACCUAUGUUAGAACUUGCAGUAACCCCUAGAGGGGGCUCUUGGUUUUCUCUAAUGUCAGUUGUCUUAUAAACUAAGUCACGAGGAUCUUCAUAAACUUCUUUUUUCCUUCUGUCUUCUUUUUCCAUCAACAUUAGUUCUAAAAUAGUGUAGAGUAUAAUUGUGGAGAAACGGCCUGGUAAAUUUGACGUGCAAAUACUGGAAUAGUGGGUUAUGAAACGAAUUAUUUUUGUAUUACCUUUGUAUUGAAAACAGUAUUGGUUUGGAUUCUGAUGUCCUUAGUGCUCAGGAUUGAGGAGAAUAAGAUGUUAUAAAUGAAACAUUCCACAUUUCUUUAUUUAGUUAAAUAAUUACCCUGCCAGUAUGUCAUUUUAGGUAGUUAAGGUUUUGAUAGCUAUUUGGGAGAUUUUACUCUUGUUUUAAUGAAACCACAGCAAUCAAAAGUGAAGAAGUUAUGCUUUAAGUUGUGAAAGUUCCACAUUGCUACAGGAUGACAAAAAGUGGCUUAAUAGUGAUGUUAUUGGCAGUGGACAGUCUUUGCAUAAGUCAGCAUAAGGAAUGGUCUGUAUUUCCAUACCCAGUUGUGAAGGGUCCAAAGCAGGUGACACACACAGUUCUUCUGGCUUGUAUCAAAUUUUCAUUGUCACCUGGGCUUUUGCAGUGCUUUGAGUGUCCCUGGUAUAUGUAGGACUGGAAGGCCAUGAGAAUAUAAGAGAGAGAGAAGACUUUUCUUAAGCACUUAUGACUAAGAACAUUGCCCUAAGUUACAGUUUCAGUUUUAGGUGAAGGUAUAUGCUCUCCCCAGCCAAAAAUAGAUACCAAGAAAUAGUGUAAGGUGAAUUCAGCACCUAAUAGAUUCACUAUAUUGUUGAGUUCUGGUCCAGUUUAUUCUCAUGUUUUAUGUAAGACUUCUGUUUGCCUCUUUAGUGAUGACUGGAGCAAAGGUAUGGACAAUUACAGUGGACUAUUUGACAGUUCUUUGAAGACAGCAAAUUGUUUAACAUCUGAAAGCUUUUCAUGUUUCUGUGAGAAGGGAUUGAUUUAAGGUUGGCAAGUUGAAGCAUGUGGUGGGGAUGUCUCGAGGUGAUGUGAGAAAUUUAGAAGAAGGAACUUUGGUAAUCAGUGUGUUCAUUCUUGACAUUCUUCUCUUACGGCUUUCCCAAAUUUCAACUUGUUCUUCAGAUUCUUUUAUUGAAUUUGUGUAUUUCAGCACUUCAUCAUAUGAAUACCUUUACAAAUAAGAAAUAGACAAGGUGACCUAAAAUGUAGGGUAGAUACAGUUGGAGUUUUUUGAACAUGAUUUUUUUUAUAAUGACACUAAGAUAAGGUGCUUGGAGCAUUUGGACUUGUCUCCUUCGCAUGAACUCCAGGCAUCACUGCCUGUUAUUUUGUCUUGCCUGGCAGAUGUGCAACUUUUUUACUACCAGCCCUUGGGAUACUUCAUCCCCCUGCAGCCAUGUAUCCACGUCUCACAGCCCUAUAAAUAUCAUCAAACUGCUAAAAAUAAAACUUCAGUAUGUAAAACAAUACUUGCAUAUCCCCUGUCCCUCAUAAGCUGCAUCUUCAUUCCUGAAGUUAAUUUGAUGUCCUUUCUUGCAAUGGAAGAAGGAGUAGGUGAUAAUUUUUGCUACUGGGAAUUAGCAGGCAAUAGGCUUGUAUCUCUCUUAUCAGAAAACUGGAUAAAUUGAAGAGCAAGUGAAAUGGCACUAAUGAGUUGCUUUGAAUUGAGCAGUUUAAUGGACGUGCUGUGGUGCUGCAGCAACACACAUGAAUUUUCAAAAAAGGAUGCUGAGAAAGUGAACUGAAGUUAGAGGAAGUACUGAAACUAGGGGGAAUUUAUGUGUCCUUUAAAAAUGCAGGGAAUCACAGCAGACUGCAUGUUUUCUGGAAAGGUUAGACCAUUGUGCUGAGUGUAUUUUCAGUCUCAAUAUUUCUCUGACUUACAAAACAAAGCCCUGAGCUUUUGAAAUUUCAGAGCAAAAUAGAAGAAGGGCCCUUAGGGCCCUUUGAACAGAAUAAAUUACUCAGUUAAUGGGAUUUAAAAAAACCAAACCAAAACAAAGCAACAAACAAACAAAACUCCCUAUCUAAAACCUAAAAAUCAAAAGUUUUGAAAUAAGACUAUAUGCUUUUGUUUCUAAUGCAGAAAUUGUUUCUGAAGUCUUACGAUUUCACAGGUGAAGGUGGUUGUGCAUCCCCACAAAGGCCAAUGAUUUCAGCUUGGCAACAUUGAAUCCAAAGAAAACUGAUCAUAAUUUAGGAUAAUGAACUAGAAAAAUACUGCUUUGGAGUUUGUAUGUAUUGGAAAAAAAGUAUCUUUAGCACCUGUGUGUCUAUGGUUGGCUCUUUUCCUAAGUUUUGAUGUAAGCCAUGAAGAAUGUUUACUAACAGCCUGUGCAUGGUUUCCAUCCAAACUGUGGAACUGAGUUUUUUCCCCUACUCAAAGUCUGUCCUGAGAAUCUUUCAAUCUUCUUUUCUUCCAGCAGAAAAUAAACACUUACCUUACGAUAAAUUUAGAGCUUAAUAUGGCUUAUCAAAGAGAAAGUUAGGGGAGAGGUACCUUUAGUACCUCUUAGGUAUUUGUGGGUUCCUUUGCAAGAAGAAAUUGUUGUUGGGGCAUUUCAGUCUGCUAUAGAGGCAGAGUAUCACCAUCAAAUUAUUUGGAUUGGAAUGGAUCUUAAGACUCAUCCAGUUCAACUCUCCAGUCAUGGGCAGGGACACCUUCCACUAGGUUGCUUCAAGUCCUGUCCAGCCUGGCCUUGAACGCUUCCAGGGAUGGGGCAGCCACUGCUCUGGGCAACCUGUGUCAGGACCUUGACACUCUGACAGGAAAAAAAGCUUUGAAAAAAAAAAAUCAGUUGUAAGAACUGAGAUUGACAAGGGGUAUAGUAUUUUUUAUCAUUUUCAGUCUUUGCACAGAUGCUGCAGUUUGAAAUCUAGUGGCCUGGUAUUUCCAAUACUGGCAACUGAGAGUAGGAUUAGUAUGCUAAGGAUUUAAACUGUGAAAAAAAAGAGAACUUGGUGGUACCUUGAGGCAUGUAGAGCUAUGACUGGCAUGCAGAGGUAGUUAAUCAUCUUGGAUUGGUUUGGUGUUUUCACUGAACUUUGGUGAAAUGUUGCUGAAGUGUUAAAAUAGGAAAAUCAGUACCUGGGAACCUGCUAAUUAAUUCUAGAGAAAAAGGGCCUUCGAAUUAUUUGGUACAGAAAAGAUAAGUUUUCAAGCACUGUGGACUGAAGAGUAAUCAAAUGGUCUUACACCAUUUUUGAAGCCCAGGACUGCCCCCACAGGCAUGAUGAAACAGGAUGAUUUAUAAGGUCCUUUCUAGCUCAAACCAUUCUGUGAUUCUGUGAUAACUGUUAGAAAUGUCCAAUACUCCAGACCUGGUCCUACUUAAAACUUCCUAUGAUUUUAGUUGUUUUGGUUUGGUUUUGUUUGUUUGUGGUUUUUGUUGUUUUGUUGGUUGGUUGGUUUUUUGGUUGGAGUUUUUUAGGUUUCUUGGUGUUUUCAUUAGCUUUCCCACUCAGUAAGGUUUUUAGCAGUUUUGAAGUUUUCUGUGAUCCUGGUGAUCCUGUUUUCUGUAGCCAUUAUGAAAUUAAUUUACAAAGCCUACUCUUGCCACCCAGCUGGGAGUGGGUGAUCAGGACCAGGGGCUUUUUGGGCUAUUAAUGAACCCUUCAGAGAGUGGCAGGCAUAUCAGCCAGUCUCUUAUGGACUACAUAUGGGUUUUAGACUCCAUAGAAUGGUUUGGCUUGGAAGGAAGGAACCAUGAUUAUCUAAUUUUGUCACUUGAAUGCCCAAACUACCUAGCAUGAAUCCUUUUUGAUGAUACUUUUACUAAAACUUCGAUAAUUCUUACUUGUAAGAGCCUAAUGUAUUACUUAUUAGAGCAAACACUGUUCAGAAAUUGUCUUUUAUGGUAAAAAAAAAAA